AUGGCCGGUCGCUUCAUCCUCGGGUUCGGCAGUUCGUUCAACGGAGCCGGUCUUCUCAUCGCCGAGAUUGCUCAUCCCCAACACCGCGCCAAGAUUUCUGCCAUUGUCAACUGCAUGUACGGCGUUGGAUCCACGUUCUGCGCCUGGCUCGCACUUGGCACCAUCAAGAUUUCCACCGAGUGGUCGUGGCGAUCCUUGACCAUCCUUCAAGCGUUUCCUGGACUUCUUGUGCUGUCCCUAAUUUGGUGGAUACCGGAGUCCCCCCGUUGGCUUAUCGCCAAGGAGCGUUACGAGGAGGCGGAGCAGAUGCUUGCCAAAUACCAUGGAAACGGAGACAGAACAAACGAGACUGUCGCUUUUGAGUUCCGUGAGAUGAAGCAAACACUGGCUCUGGAGUUCCAACAUGGGAGGUCAAGCAGCUACUUGGAUUUUGCGAGAUAUGCUGGAAACAGGUACCGAGUGGUUAUCUUGAUUUCGCUGGCAAUGGUGUCUCAAUACAGCGGUACUAAUCUGUUUUCUAACUACGCCAACAAGAUUUACGAGGGCGCUGGUAUUAAUGACCAGACGAACAAAGUACUUCUUAGCGGCGGCCAAACAUUGAUGUCACUCGUUGUAUCGGUCGGAUUCUCCCUCACUAUCGACCGCUUCGGCCGUCGGCCGCUAUUCCUUACCGCCACCACGGGGAUGGUUUUCAUGUACAUGGGCUGGACGAUCGUCAGCUCCCAAUACGAACGAACUCAUGACCUCGGCCGGUUUGGAUAUCCACAGAUUGCCUUCAUUUGGCUCUUCAGCCUAUCUUAUCAGAUCGCAUGGACUGGUAUCAUGGCCGCCUACGCAUUGGAAAUCAUGCCGUAUAGCCUGAGAGCUAAGGCGGGGGUCAUCUCGACAAUUUUCGUCAAGGGAUUGAUUGUUCUUGGGAGCUAUACCAACCCAAUCGCAUGGGACAAUUUUACAGCGGCAGGCCAUGCUUGGGUUCUUGCAAUGUUUUAUACCAUACUAGACUUCUGCUACCUGCUGUUCGUCUACUUCUUUUAUCCGGAAACGAAGAACCUCACACUCGAAGAAGUUGCCAGAGUCUUUGAUGGAGACGACGCAAAGGUAGCGCAAGUGGAUAUUGAGGAGGUCAAGAAGGAGUUGGAGGAAGAGCAGAAGAAAGGGGCACAGGUUGACGUGAAAGCGCUAUGA